GUGGUACAUUCCGAGAGAGGACUUGUAGCUGCCGCUCUUCAACAACAACACUGUCGCCCAUCCAAGCGCGGCGGCUCUGAGGGGGCUCCGUUAGGCGGUUUAUCUCGGUUUAUCUCCAGAAACUCGUGGACAGCGGUGCAAUGGACGAAGAGGAGCAAUUUGUAAACAUAGACCUGAACGAUGACAACAUCUGCAGCAUCUGUAAGCUGGAGACGGACACCGGGACGCUGUCUUUCUGCCACGUGUGCUUCGAGCUGAGCAUAGAGGGUGUUUCCACUGCCACUCUGCUGCACUCCACAUCUUUGCGAGGGCACAGAGACUGCUUUGAAAAGUAUCACCUCAUUGCCAAUCAGAAGCUGUCCCGCACCAAGGCCUCUCGCAGCGCUUACGAGGGAGUGAAGCGGGCCCUGAGUCAGCGGAUCAGCCGCCUUGUGCAGUACGCCCAGAACAGAGACUCUGGAUCCCUGGACGCGUCUGGACGGUGGGGCUCGAAGCACCAGCUCCUGUGCUACAGCCAGCAGGCUGAUGGAAAGCUGGUGGCCCAGUCAGAUGCCCAGGUGCCCCGUUACACCCCACGCUGGACGGAGGAGGUGUCUGCAGGCGAGGUGGAGGAGUUGGACCUCCUGCAGAGCUCUGGACAAGAACUGUGGAGGAGUGAACAGAACCACACGAUGCAGCAGCAGCCGGGAGGAAGAGAACAGAGAGAGGCGGCCAGACCGAGGCGCCACACUGGACACAGCCGAGAGGAACUGCUGAAGAUGAACAUGGAAGAGCUCCAUCAACUGAACUCACAACUGCUGCUGCAGAUUCAAAAAGUCUUCGAGGAGCUUUCGGUCGUCGUGCAGGAGAAGGACUCUUUAGCGUCUCAGCUCCACGUGCGCCACAUUGCCAUCGAACAGCUUUUCAAGAACUGCGCGAAGCUCCCCUGGCUGCAGAUUGGCCGAGCGGGGGCCAAAGCCAGCAAUGCCCCAGUGGAGUGAAGCUCCGCAUCAGGUGCAAGGGGCUCAGAACCAGAGAAAGAACCGAGACGGUAGCCCAGAGCGGCGGAUCACAACUUGAGGACUUCGCACAAAGUCACGCUCCUCACUCGCUGUGCGCACCUUUGAGCGGACAGGGUCGGUGUGUUUCCCCCUUGGUCAUUUUUGCAGUACUUGAACACAAGAAGCGUUGAAAGCGACUCUGAGUAGAAGCCGGAGGUGCUUUGGGACCUCUGGAGCUGUGGAUCCUAUGCAGAUUGAGGUCUUCAGUAACCUGUUAUAGUUUGUUUUUGUUUGUCGGCCUCGUCAGUGUAAACGAUGGUUUUUGUUAUGUUGUGUUUUUUUAAUAUUUCUUGUUUUUAUUUAUUGCUUUUUGAUUCGUUCUGUGUUUUUUUUUCUUCUGUGUUUGUGUUUUUUCUCUUCAGAGCUCGAGCAGCUCAGGUGUUUUUUUCUGCUGUGCUUGAUAGACGGAGUGUGUUCCAGUUCUCUCUACCCAGAGGGACGAGCUGAUUGGCUCUAGCGUUGCUGUGGUAACUGUUGCUUAGUUAAAAGUGGAGUGUUUUCCCCUCCUCUGCCUGUGAUCACGGCAGUGGAACUUCUUAAUGAGAGCCGAGCAGAUUGCAGUGUACACUUUACUACGAGGGCGUUGUGCUCCGUGGCCGUCGAUGCAGACGUUUCACUGAGUUUGUGUUUUUGUUUUUGGACUUUAAAGUGAGGCAGAGUUUAAAGUGAGGCAGAGUUUAAAGUGAGGCAGAGUUUUGCUUUCUUAUCUUAAAAUUGAACCACGAGGUGCUUGACUUUUUUUUGGUAUAUAUUUCUCUAAGCGCGUUUUAACUUGACCAUUUUUCUCUUGACUCUUUCUUUUCUGUGUGCGUGUGUGUGCGUGUGUGUGUGUGUGUGUGUGUGUGUGUGUGUGUGUGUUUACAACCUUUGGGUUACUCAUGUGGAAAUUGUGAGCUGUGGUCAUCAGAGAUUCAGAGUUUAGGGAAUUUUCCCCAGAUAAGCACAAGCAAGCUUUGAAAAAGGAGAGUGCUGGUCAUUUGAUGGGCACUUUAAGCACCUUAAAAAGAACCGAACCAAAGCCUACGUUGCCGCCAGGCAACAAAAUUCAGUAUUUAUAUUUUUUCCAAAUUCUUUGCUUGUUACAAAUAAAAGGAAAUUUCAUAUUUAAUGCUGCCCUUGAAAUGAGGGUGUAUCUUCAGCCCAAGCGUUUCAGUUCAUGAAUUUUAUUUUAGAGCUUUUUCCCUCAGAGUUUGAUUUUGUGUUGUUUUUUUUUUUGUAGUGUUAAAUAAUGUUUGUUUGCGUUUUUAUGGAUUAGUUUUUACGAAGCUGAAGCUCUUAUUCGAAAUUCCUGCUCUGCCUUAAAUGGUACAGCAGGUAAGUUGCAAUAAAUGCCGGACCAGUUAAGGUGGAGUGGGCAAUUGGAAUAAGAAGCCAAGUUCAGCCUCGAUUAGUGGUUUGCUCCCAACACAGAGAUGUAGAGAUGUGAGGCUGGAGCGCCAUCUGGUGGAACUGCAAAGAAUCAGUUCACAGUAGAUUAAAUCGUGUUAUUAAAGGUUUAUGUUGAAGCCUAAUGAGACUGAAACCAAGAUCAUCAUGUAUCUUUUCAAAAAGGUGUAAUUUCAAGGUUAUUUUAAGAGAUCAAUUAGACAUCUGCUUAUUUUUGAAGAAUAGGCUUCUCUUUAUAAGAGAGAGAAAUUAUAUACUUGACCCUUCUGGGGUUUGUGUGGUCAUGUUUUUAAUAUCCUGUAGGAGUGGGUUACAUGUUUAAUGUAUUGAUGCAUGUAUGUUGCUUAGUAAGCUGUAAGUCAAACUGCAGUACUCCUCAGCGUUGUACGCACAUCUGUCGGUCAGAAGAGGAACAUCUGGAUUACCUUGAGCUUAGAUCGUUUAAGUGAAUUUGUAUGCUGGUUCACAUUAGCGCUACGCCCAGACUGCCCAGAGUGGAUUUUAUCACGGUUUACCUUUUGAUGAUGCAAAUAAAUGGAAACGACUGAUGUUUUUGGCAAUAAGGUCACAAAAACAUCCUCUUUUUCUUUUUCCUGUUUUCCUUUCCAGCGGGCCGUGUCGUGUGGAUGUGUUUGUGUUCCCCCAACAGCUAAUGCAAUAAUGUGUGUUUGUGGAACUUCCUGCUUUCCUGUGAAAGUGGCGUCCGGAGUGAUUUGUAUAUUUUCAUUAAAGCUAGAAAAUAAAUAUAAAAAUAUUUUCAUAACUAUG